AAUACUACCAAAAAGAAUCCUAUUCCGAGUACAACUGCAACGAGCCGCUGCUGGAGCACGCCAAGCUGUCCGCCACGUCGCAGCUGCGGGAGCGGGGGCCGGAAAAUGCCCGACUAAAUGGUAGUACAAUGUUGACAAGCUAAUCCAGCAUCUCAACCUACUGCGCGAAUCCGACAUAAAACGUCAUCGAACAUAAGCAAGCCCUCUGGAUAAAUCGAGUGAUGUCACUGCGCAAUGGGGGCCACGUUCGGUGGGCCUUUGAUCUUACGGGGUGGCGACCUACGUUCGUCGAUUUGCUGCUGGCGACUUCGUGUAUCCAGCCGGAGGAAAAGCAACGAUUGGCUAAGUUUGUGUUCCGCGAUGAUUUUAAUGCUUCCUUGAUUGGACGGUUGAUGAUGCGGCGUUUCGUACAGCUGGCGACGGGAAUGUCGUACGAUCGGAUCCAGUUUGGUCGAGACUUGAAGGGGAAACCGUUUUUGAAGAACGAAGGCUUCAUGGUUGACUUUAAUGUGUCCCAUCAAGGACGAUAUGCGGUACUCGCUGGACUGGCGAUUCCUGCCGGUGGGUUGGAGAAGGAGGGCAAACCGUCAAAGGUUGGCGUUGAUGUGAUGAAGAUUGAGUAUGCUGGGGGUAAACCGCUCGAGGAGUUUUUCAGAUUAAUGAGCAGAAAUUUUUCCGACGAGGAAUGGCGAUAUAUAAGGAGUAGGAAGACGGAAAGCGAACAGCUCGAAGCAUUUAUGAGGAACUGGUGUCUAAAAGAAAGCUACGUGAAAAAUGUAGGCAUUGGCAUUACGGUUGAUUUGCGAAAAAUUAGUUUCUCUAUUAGAAGUAAUAAGUUGGACAGAAAGACCGUGAUCUGUGAUAGUACUUUGAGGGUAAACGACGAUCCGUUGACGAACUGGCGCUUCGAGGAAUCUCUAAUAGAUAAGGACCAUUGUGUAGCAGUGGCUUUGGAGAAUGUACCCAAACACGACGACUCAACUGGAAAUUGUUUCGAAAUUAUUGACUAUGAGGCACUUAUGGAGGGCCAUAUCCCGCUUUUGGCAAACGACGAAAGCUAUUGUGAAGGUAUUAUUAGUAAGGAAUACAAGAAGGUGAAGUAAGUCUGUUUAAAUAUAACAUUGGUCGGUUCAGUGACA